AUGCCCGGAAUCGUCGACAAGACCAAGGACGCCGUCAGCAACGCCGCUGAGGCUGUGAAGGACAAGUACCACAACGCCACCGAGGCCGCCAGCCAAAAGUGGGAGAACGCGAAGGGGAGCGCCGAGGAGGCCUGGGACAACACCAAGGAGCGCGCGCACGAGAAGAAGGAAGAAGUGAGAGACUUCACCGACGCCAAGCUCCACAAGGCCGAGCGAAAGCUUGACGAGCAC